AUGGGAAUCGAAGUUCCUGAACGGUAUCUAUCAGAUUUAGCAUAUCGAUAUGAUAGUGAUGGCAUAGAUGAUGAUGAUGAUAUGGAUGAUGAUGAUGGAUUUGAAAGUUGCUGUCAAUUUAAUACGAACGAAAACCAAAGGGAAUGGUUUGUCUCACAAGCUGUUAGUGUGAAAUUGAAUAUAGGUUGCCUUGUUGUUGUUCUCCUGUCUUUAUAUUUGAGCAAUGGUUGUGAUUUCAUAUUUUGA